AUGCGGGGCCCCAGAAGGCGCAUCGGCAGCAUGGCCCGGAAGCUCCGCGAGGGCCCGAAGAAGGUGGUCGGCACCAUGCGGGAAAGGCAGCAGGUGCUCCAGCAGGAGUACCAGAGGCAGGUGCUGGAGCUGAAGGGCCGUCUCGACCAGGGCCUGUCGAGGGCGCGGUCAUCCAGGGCCAGGCAGCUGCGCCACAUGGUCUGCUUCGUCUGCUCCAUGGCCGACGUGGUGGUCACGUCGAUCUGGCUGGGUGCGUCGCCGUGGACACUCCACUGGUACUACACGAUCAAGCUGUCGGGGCUCAUCGUUGGCCGGGCCGUGUGGUACCGCUGGCACGGCUGGCACUAUUUCUUGUAUGAUCUGUGCUAUUUUAGCAACCUCGUUCUGCUGGUCUACAUCUGGGUCCUGCCGAACAGCGAGGUGCUCUUCGAGGCGGCGUACGGGCUGAGCGGCGUCCUGAUGGUCUCCAUCCCCGUGUUCCGAAACUCAUUCGUGCCGCACUCCCUGGACCGCAUCACAUCGUUGCACAUUCACUUGGGCCCGGCGCUGCAGCUUUAUGUCCUCCGCUGGUACUCGAACGGGCGCCCAGUAUGGUGGUCGGAGACAUGCCCCAGCGGAGGACUGCCCGCGGAAGAGGUGCGGAGCUGGUUCGGCCUGGCGGGCGCACCCUGCGUUUUCAGGAUACCCGACGCGUACUCCGUGCUCCCCAGCCUGUGCGUGUACGCGGUGUUCAUCGUGGGCUAUUGCGUCAACCAGUUCUUCUGGAAUCGCAAGACGAUCGAUAGAAGGGGUUACGCCACUCUCUAUCAUCACAUGGCCUACGACAUGGGCAUCAUCAACAGGCUGCCCACCAGGCUGCGGGGGCCGUGCGCCAGCCGCUGCGUCUUCGUGGUGGGCCACUUCCUGCUUUUCUGCGCCGGGCUGCCAGUCGUCCACGCCCCUUGUCUGCUCCACACGGCUCUGCUGUGCGUCGUGACGGCGUGGGCCCUCUGGAACGGGGCCUCCUUCUACAUCACGUACUUCUGGAGGGUGUACGAGGAGCAGAUCCACGCCUUCGAGAGGCAGAUGGCGGAGGCGGCCUCCAAGUCAGCGCACCCGGACGUCCAGGAGGCGCCCCUCACCCCGCGCGGCGGCCGCUGCACGGACACCUCCACGGAGCCGCCGAAGACCAGCGAGGACCCCACCAGCCCGACAGACGCCGACGACGAGGGCACCGACGCAGGCCCUCAGCCCGACGGCCCCGACAAGACUGCCUGA